GAAAGCUCUUCUUUCCCUAAUCCUCUCUCUCCCUCCCGAUCCUUGCUCCAUCUCUCUCAUUCUCCUCCUUCUCUCUCUCCAAUGCAUCAGCCGUAAACGCCCUCUUCUCUCUCUCGAUGGGUACCUUUCAGAAUGGUGGCCAAGCUCAUUAAUGGGUACCUUUCAGAAGUUGCGCCUGAUGUUCAUUUGAAGUUGUUGAAGUUCCGAUCACUAGCUGGGGUCGUUCCUGACAAUGCUAUACUGUUGGAUGAUGGCCUUUAUCGUGCGAUUGACAUAUACUUGAAGGCCCACCCAUGGCGGGAAAGCAGAUCCAUGCCCACCACAUUCUCGUGUCAGUCAUCCUUGACAACUUCCUCACCUCAAAGCUUGUCUCUAUUUGCUCCAAAUCUGGGCAUAUCUAUCACGCCCGCAAGGUGUUCGACGAAAUUCUCCAUAAAAAUAUCUUCUCUUUCAACACCAUGCUCAUUGCCUAUUCUUCACACAACCAUCACUCUGAAUCCCUUAGGCUCUUCUUGUCUCUGACAUCAUUCAAACUCACCCUUAAAUUUGACAAUUUCACCAUCUCCUCCCUCUUGAAAGCUCGUCGUCAGUGCCGCUUCCGCAUCCAAUGUUGGGUAAGGUGAUUUAUGCUUUUGUGCUUUGGCAUGGCUUUAAUUAUGAUCUAUUUGUUGCCAUUGUGCUGGUUACAUUUUACGCCAAGUCCGAUGAUUUGGACUUGGCUAGAAAGGUAUUUGACGAAAUGCACAAGAAAACUCACUACUAACCAGGAAAACUCAAGAUUGGCAUGGCUUUAUAGCUAACUUUUCUGUAUUUUUGUUGUUUUGUGGUUGACAAAGCUCACGAUU